GGUCCCCCGUGUAAGAGUGAGGUGGAGAAGGACAUUCCAGGAGAUGUCACCACAGAAAGUCUCUGUAAGAGUUCUGAGGGAAAUUUCAUGUUAUCACUAAAUUAUAAAGCAGAAGAUGAAGACAUCAUGGAUCACUCUUCAGGAGAAAACCUCAUUAUACUUAAUAUGCAUCCAGGACUUCACAGUACAGCUUUAUCAUAUUAUCCCACUAAUCUUGAGGAACCUUCUCCUUUCCAAUCAGAGAUUGUUACCACAAGUACAGAUCAGAAAGGGUGUGAAAUCUCAGGUCUUUCUACAAACAGAAGAACUCACACAGUAAAGAAACCAUACUCCUGUUCAGAAUGUGGAAAAUGUUUUAAAGAUAAAUCACAUCUUGUUAUACAUGAGAGAAGUCACACAGGAGAGAAACCAUAUUCAUGUUCAGUAUGUGGAAAAUGUUUUGUAGAUAAAUCACAUCUUGUUACACAUAAGAAAAUUCACACAGGAGAGAAGCCGUUUUCAUGUUCAGAAUGUGGACAAUAUUUUGCACAAAAAGCAAGUCUUUUUAAACAUCAAAGAUGUCACACAGGAGAAAAGCCAUUUUCAUGUUCAGAAUGUGGGAAAUGUUUUGCACAAAAAUACAAUCUUGUUGAACAUCAGAGAAUUCACACAGGGGAGAAGCCGUUUUCAUGUUCAGAAUGUGGACAAUAUUUUACACAAAAAUCAAGUCUUUCUAAACAUCAAUAUUGUCACACAGGAGAAAAGCCAUUUUCAUGUUCAGAAUGUGGGAAAUGGUUUAAACAAAAAUCAUGUCUUAUUAUACAUCAAAGAUGUCACACAGGUGAAAGGCCAUACUCAUGUUCAGAAUGUGGAAAUUGUUUUUUAUAUAAAUCACAACUUAUUAUACAUGAGAGAAGUCACACAGGAGAGAAGCCAUACUCAUGUUCAGAAUGUGGGAAAUGUUUUAGACAAAAAUCAGAUCGUGUUAUACAUGAGAGAAUUCACACAUGAGAGAAGCCAUAUUCUUGUUUAGAAUGUAAGAAAUAUUUUACACAGAAAUCACAUUUUAUUAGACAUCAGAGAUUUCACGCAGGAGACAAGCCAUAUUCAUGCUCAGAAUGUGGAAAAUGUUUUAUAUAUAAAUCAUAUCUUGUUAUACAUGAGAGAAUUCACACAGGAGAGAAGCCUUAUUCAUGUUCAGAAUGUGGAAAAUGUUUUAGAGAAAAAUCAGAUCUUAUUACACAUGAGAGAGGUCACACAAGAGAGAUGCCAUUUUCAUGUUCAGAAUGUGAGAAAUGUUUUACACGGAAAUCACAUCUUGUUAAACAUCAGAGAUUUCACAAAGGAGAGAAGCCAUAAUAAUGUUCAAAAUGUAGGAAAUAUUUUAGAGGAAAUUCAUAUCUUGUUACACAUGAUAGGUCAUACAGCCAGACAAGCCAUAUUCAUGUUCAGAAUGGAGAAGCGCUUUUCAGAUAAAUCAAAACUUGCUAAACAUCAUAGAUUUUUACAAAGGAGAGAAACCCUUUUCACAUUUUUUUUUAUUAGGUUUAGAGAUAAGCAAAUGUCAAAAAAAAUUGGGCUCUGAUCUGUCCAUGCAGUUAUAUUCAGGUCCAAAUAAAUUGUACCCUGGAAAAGCCUCCUCCUUUUUGGUGUCCCUUUCUAUUCCUUGAUUGUCCCAAAUUGCAUCGCACAAUAAUCUAAUUCUGUAGAAUCUGAAUUUUUGCUAAAAUUCUAGACAUACUUCUGAAUUUUAGAAUUUAUUUGCCCAUCCCUAAUUAGGUUGUUAAUGGAGCCAAUAAGAGGGUUUAUUUUUUGGGUGGAAUUAGCCCAGAUCUUCCAGACGACCAAAUUAUGUUCCUUUAAGGUCAACUAUAAGUAAGAUCCAUGGAAGAAAAAUAUUGUGUACAAUGGCAUAACUAGAACUGACUGCGCCCCACAGCAAAUUUUGGAAUCCUCCUCCUCCCCAGCAAUCUUCUUCUCCUGUGCAACCCUCACUUCUCUC